GAAAGACAGGGUCCUGAAAAGGGACGUUUCUUUUGUUGCUGAGUUUAUUAUGUUCUCUUCCUCCGACUUUUAGCUUAGAACAUUUUUUGGGGUGGCAGAUUUUUGUCUCGCCUAAGGCGGCAGAAAGUCGAGCACUGGCCCUGAUGAUCACGAUACAACCUGGCCACACACAGACUCAAGAUCAGUUUAGAUUAAUUUAUUUUGCAGGAGCUGUAGUUCAUAAACUGACCCAGCGAGUUGCAGUGAACUGCGCAUCUGCUAUCAGAAACCAAAAGCGUUUAAAGCAACCGGACUGCAGUUGUGGGUGAGAGCCAAGCAAAUAGAGCUAGCAAGGCAACAACAAUUUAUUGAAUUCAAGUCGUCGCUUUGUGAAAUAUGAUUAGACGACUUGUUACAUUGAUGAAAAGCGUGGAUAUUCGUCUACUCUUGUUGUGAUUUAUGAUAUAAACGAGUUAAAUGCUAGCAAGCCCAGCUAGGAGACGUACUAGCUAACAUUAGCUGAACGUGGAGACCGGACAAUCCACCGUUCGUUUGCUAGCUAACGUUAACUUACAUGGCUAGCUCGCUAAGUUAGCUUUACAAAUUGGUGAAACGAGUUGAUUGUUGUUACUACGUUACAGUUUAUUAUAGCUUGUUAUAUUUCAUUUGUUCCGUAAAAAAAAAACACAGGACCUAUUCUCUUUCAUUGCGCAGCAAUUGUAUUUUGUUUUCGUCUCGUGCUGUUUGUUGCCUGUUGCAGCUGCAAGAGAAAGACGGUCAUGUAACUGGAUGCCGGAGGUGUUUUAAGUGAUCCAGUGACAGCCCUCCUAAAGCAACACCAGACUGCCUGGAAGUGUGAGGAAAGCCCAGCAACACGUAGCCAUGUUGGAGGAGGACAUGGAAGUGGCCAUCAAGGUGGUGGUGGUGGGCAACGGUGCGGUGGGGAAGUCCAGCAUGAUCCAGCGCUACUGCAAGGGCAUCUUCACCAAGGACUACAAGAAGACCAUCGGUGUGGACUUCCUGGAGAGACAGCUACUAGUGAAUGAUGAAGAUGUGAGAUUGAUGUUGUGGGACACGGCAGGGCAGGAAGAGUUUGACGCCAUCACCAAAGCCUACUACCGCGGUGCCCAGGCGUGUGUACUGGUCUUCUCCACCACCGACAGGGAAUCGUUUGAGGCCAUCGGCAGCUGGUGGGAGAAGGUGGAGAUAGAGGUGGGAGACAUCCCCACUGUCCUGGUGCAGAACAAGAUUGACCUUCUGGAUGACACAGUGAUCAAAAAUGAGGAGGCAGAAGGUCUGGCCAAGAAGCUCAAGUUAAGGUUUUACCGAACCUCCGUAAAGGAGGACCUCAAUGUCAAUGAAGUUUUUAAAUACCUAGCAGAUAAGUAUCUGCAGCGACUGAAGCGACAAACAGCAGAAGAGCCUGAGGUAGUCCAUACAACUAGCAAUAAAAUUGGAGUUUUCAACACCGCAAGUAGUAACUUAUCUAGUCAGAACUCCAGCAACGGCCGAGAAGUCAUCAACUUGCGACCCAACAAACAGAGGACAAAGAAAAGCAAAAACCGCUUUGGUAGCUGCAGCCUUCUUUAGAAUCAAUGCAUUCCCUGCAAUAAUGUAAGAUUUGACUGCCGUGUGAGUGUAAGAGUCUAUACAUUUACAUUUGAGCAUAACCUAGGUGUAGGUGUAGGUCUUAAUUUGACCCCUCUUUUGUUGCUGAGAAUUUCCCUGCAAAUGACCUUCAUGAUGGACAUAAAUUCACAAAAAAUCUGCACGUAUAACAUAUUAACAGUAUUGCACUUCAUGUAGCCUAAUUUUGGCCAGCAAAUAGUCUAACCACAGAACAAGCAACACUAAAAGUUCAAAUUAUUAUUUGAUUAUUUUUGCUCUGACAAUAUUGGUCAAAUGAAGAUCCGACAUCUGUAAAUCUAAUAUGCACCUGAGUAUUGUGAAUACCAUGCCUUUGAGCAUCUUUACAGAUCAAGUGCAGCCUUUGUUUCUCAUGAAUAGAUGUAUGAAAUAUAAAGCGACAGUAACAAUAGUCAUCCUGGUGGCUGUAAUGGGUACUACAAUCCAACACAGACUAUGUUGUAGCAUGAAUGUAAUGCUUGAAGCAGAUCUUUUGAGAAAUAGUAGUUGGGCAUGACAGGGUUCUCCCAUUUACACCCUUCAACAUGGUGCAGGGAAGGGAUACAUUCUAGUUCACUAACAAGGUGUAUUUGUAUGUUCAUAUUGUGAUUUUUAUAGAUUGCCAUUUGCACUUGAAUCUGUUUUGUAUUGUAAGAAAUAUACAGAUUACUUUCUACCAUAUUUGUUCUAAAAUAUUAAUGGAAUAUGGUUCAAUAUACUGAGUGUACAAAACAUUAGGAACACCUUCCUAAUAUUAAGUUUCUCCCCCUUUUGCCCUCAGAAAGUGGUUAAUUUGUCGGGGCAUGGACUCU